AUGAAAACAUUCGUUAAAGAAGUGAUGCAAUCAACAUGCCAAUUUAAUACAAAUGAAUUAACUCCUGUUGUUUGUACUAAAAGUUCAACAGAAUAUGAUAAUUCAUCUUCUGUUAAACAAGUUAAAAAAAAUAAAACUUCAAGAGAAAUACGUAAUUCUCAAACUAUUCAACAAGCUGUUCUUAUUGGUGCUUUAAAUCAUUAUGCUGAUAUUAUUUUUAAACAACCUGCAAAGAAGUCAAUAACAACUCAUCAAUAUAUGAGAAUCAAAUCUGUUAAUUUUAGUGAUGAAAAUGUUGUUUCUUUUGCAGAAUUUCUUAAAAUAAGAUGUUAUGAACAUUAUAGUUAUGACAUUUCUCAUGGUGUUGCUCUUAAAACUGCAAAAAGAAGAUAUCAAACUAAUAAAAAAACAGAUGGACUUCAUCUUUUGAUGGAUUUAUUGAAUGAAUUAGGUUUUGAGUUUAAUACUAAACUUACUGAAGGUAAAAGUGGUACAAUUAAAUUGGAAAAUAUUUUAGAGGUUAGAAAAGAAUCUUUUGUUGUUUUAAACCAAAAUAAUUUUGAGACUGUUGGUCAAGAAAUUAAUAUUCUUUUAAAUGAAAGAAUGAAACAUGCAGGAAAAGAAAUGACUCUUUAUCGUAAUGACCCUGAACUAUCUCAAAUAUUUAGACUUUAA